GCAAUGCAUUGGUUGAACCAAUCACCAGCGACGACUAUGUGCGUUUGUUAAUGUGUUACUUACCUAUUUUCAUUUUUCAUAUUUUGCUAGUAAUUAAGUAGGUAAUGUAAUAGGUCAUUAAACAAGCAUAUGUAUAAAGAUCGAAGUGAGUCAUACCAAAUAUUAAUUUCAAGUGUGUUACGGCGUGGUAUCUACCUGUAAAGACUCUAAAGUAAACAGUCAAGUUAUUUAAAAUGCAGUUGUUUAUAAGGGAACAGGAGACGCACGUCUUAGAGUGCCAUCCCGACGAGACCAUCGCCCAUAUUAAGGCAAAACUCACAGCAUUUCAAAAUGAUGAGUUCACUCUUUCCUGUGCUAGUAAAAUUCUUAGUGAUGACAUCCUUGUAAAAGAGUUGGCUACAGAUACUCUUGAUUUAAAUGUUCAUCUUCUUGGAGGUAAAGUCCAUGGAUCCUUGGCUCGUGCUGGCAAAGUCAAAGGACAAACACCAAAGGUUGAAAAACAAGAAAAAAGUAAGAAAAAGACUGGACGUGCAAAGAGACGAAUUCAGUACAAUCGUAGAUUCGUCAAUGUUGUACAAACAUAUGGCCGCCGACGUGGUCCGAAUGCCAACCCCAAUUCAUAAACAUUUAUUACUUAUAUGAUUUAAAAAAUCCAUAAUUAUUAAGGAAAAAAUAAAUAAAUACAAA